UCUGAACAGGGUGGUCCAUGACAGAUGCUAUUGGAGGUCACUGAUUCAUAGGGUCACCACAAGUCAUCAUCGACUUGAAGACAGAAAUGAGCAGGAGGGGGAGGAGUUUCUUGGAUACUGCCUGAGAGCAAGAAGUGAAGAUGGGCAAGAAAGCCUCAGCGGGCCUCAAAGCAGACAGACGUUCCGAUACCAUCCAAUAUGGGAGCAGUGGGGAAUUCUGGGAAAGAACUGCGUAGACAGGCCUGAGUGUGGAGGACACCAUCAGCUCCGAUGUACAGUGCUGGUGCUUCAGGCACUGCUGCUCCCAGGAGACGGAGGGGCUCUGAGAGGCUUGCAGCCGACUUUUGCUAUGUGUGGCUAAAGCCAGAGCAACGCAUGAAGGCUCAGAUCCUAGACCUGAUGAUCCUGCAACAGUUCCUGACUGUCCUCCUACCAGAGAUAGAGAGCUGGGUGAGGGAAUGUGAAGUAGAGACCAGGUCCCAGGCGGUGGCCCUGGCCAAAGGUUUCCUCUUGAGUCGGGCAGAGGACAUAAAACAAGAAGAGCCGCAGGUAAAGGGUCUGUUUGCAGGUGUGACCACUGAGUUCCCUGAAUCAGAGUAGGGUCCAUCGGACGCUGCAGAGAGUCCUCUACGAAGGUGGCGCUUGCAGGAGGGUGACGGAGGUGCCAUCUCACUAGGUGACGGAAUGAUGUCGGCAAAACUUACUCAGCCAUCGCCUCUUUGCGGUGAAGAGGAAGCAGCUGCUGUGGCUCCAGAUCGGGGUCCUGUUACCUUUGAGGAGGUGGCUGUGUAUUUCACGGAGGAGGAGUGGGCUCUGCUGGAUCCUGACCAGAGAGCUCUGCACAGGGAAGUCAUGGAAGAGAUCUGUGGCAUCCUGGCCUCCCUCAAUAAAACAUGGGAAACCAAGAACAAGGGAGAACUACAUAGGGAAUCUCCAGAAAGAAAGAGAUGUAAAAAGAGGCAAGAGAAGAGGAAAUCUGAACCAAACCAGGAGAGGGGAAACAAUUCCUAUGCUUCUCAGAGCAGUGGCUACCAUGAAAUCACAGCCCAAGGGGGGGGAAAUAACACAAAGAAAAUUGGCCAGUGUGUUGUAUGCUGGAAAAGUUUCAAUUCUAAAUUAAAAUUUCAAGCUCAUUGCAAAAUCCAUGCAGGAGAGAAACCUUAUAAAUGCCUGGAAUGUGGAAAAAGCUUCAGACAGAAGGUACAUCUGACUACUCAUCAAAGAACUCACACAGGUGAGAAACCAUAUAAAUGCUUGGAUUGUGGAAAGAACUUCUCUCACAAGACAACCCUCAUUAGACAUCAAAGAACACACACUGGUGAGAAACCAUUCAAAUGCUUUCAGUGUGGAAAGAGCUUCCAUCAGAAAUCUGAGCUUAUUUGCCAUCAAAGAAUCCACAUAGGGGAGAAGCCAUAUAAAUGCUUUCAGUGUGGAAAGAGCUUCUAUCACAGGUCUUACCUUACUUCCCAUCAAAGAAUCCAUAUAGGGGAGAAGCCAUAUAAAUGCUUGGAGUGUGGAAAGAGCUUCGUUCAGAAGACACAUCUGAGUUCUCAUCAAACAACACACACAGGGGAGAAACCAUUUAAAUGUUUGCACUGUGAAAAAAGCUUUUCUUACAAGACAGCCCUCAUUCGGCAUCAGAGAAUCCACACAGGUGUGAAACCAUACAAAUGCUUUCAAUGUGGAAAGAGCUUCCAUCAGAAGUCUGAGCUUACUUCCCAUCACAGAAUCCACACAGGGGAGAAGCCAUAUAAAUGUUUGGAAUGUGAAAAAAGCUUCUCUCAUAAAAUAGCCCUUAUUAGACAUCAAAGAACCCACAAUGGAGAGAAGCCACAUGAAUGCAUUCAAUGUGGAAAGACAUUCCAUCAGAGGUCUGACCUUAAAUCCCAUCAAAGAAUUCACACUGGGGAAAAACUAUAUGAAUGCUUUCAGUGUGGAAAGAGCUUCCAUCAGAAGUCUGCCCUUACUUCACAUCAAAGAAUCCACACAGGGGAGAAGCCAUAUAAGUGCUUGGAGUGUGGAAAGAGUUUCAUUCAGAAAAUACAUCUGACUUCUCAUCAAAAAACUCACACAGGUGAGAAACCAUUUCAAUGCUUGGAAUGUGGAAAGGGCUUCUCUCACAAGGAAGGCCUCAGUAGACAUCAAAGAACCCACACAGGGGAGAAACCAUAUAAAUGCUUUCUGUGCGGAAAGAGCUUUCAACAAAAGUUUGACCUUACUUCCCAUCAAAGAAUCCACACAGGGGAGGAACCAUAUAAGUGCUUGGAGUGUGGAAAGAGCUUCAGUAGAAGGAGAGCCCUAAUGAAUCAUCAAAGAACCCACACAGGAGAGAAACCAUAUAAAUGCUUGGAGUGUGGAAAGAGCUUCAGUCAAAAGAUACAUGUAACUUCUCAUCAAAAAACUCACACAGGUGAGAAACCAUAUAAAUGCUUGGACUGUGGAAAAAGCUUCUCUCACAAGGCAGCCCUCAUUAGACAUCAAAGAAUCCACACAGGGGAGAAGCCAUAUAAAUGCUUUCAGUGUGAAAAGAGCUUCAGUCAGAGCUCUGCCCUUGCUUCUCAUCAAAGAAUCCACACAGGGGAAAAACCAUAUCAAUGCUUGCAGUGUGGAAAGAAUUUCCGAGUGAGCACACACCUCAUUUAUCAUCAAAGAACUCACACAGGGGAGAAACACUAUAAAUGUUUGGAAUGUGGAAAGCGUUUCCAAAUGAGCACGUACCUCAUUUACCAUCAGAGAACUCACACAGAAGAGAAACCAUAUAAAUGCUUAGAAUGUGGAAAGAGCUUUACUUUAAGCUCGUCCCUCAAGAACCAUCAAAGAAUUCACACUGGGGAAAAACCAUAUCAAUGCUUGCAGUGUGGAAAGAGGUUCAACAGAAGCUCAAAUCUCACUUCUCAUAAAAAAACGCACAAAUCAUAUAAAUACCUGGGACUUCCGGUUUGGCGGCCGCCAUGGUAAGACGUGAUUCAGCUCU